AUGUCGCAGCAGACCGCCGGAGUGCAACCUGCUACCAUCCCUGAGCAAAAUGGCCUUCACGACAAGGAGACAGCAAAGGUGAAUGGACAUAGCUCCGGCAGCGACCUAGCAUCCGAUGAGCGAAGUGACGUGGAACCAGACAUUGAAGGCGACUACGGUUCUGGACGUGAUCAUGUGUUUGCCAAUCCCAAAGUCGCUGAUUACUGGCGCAAUGUCUACGAGCAAGCCACCUAUGAGGGACGACAUCGCUUCGAUCCAGAUUUCACGUGGUCCGCCAAGGAAGAGAAGGCUGUCAAGCGCAAGAUCGACUUUCGCAUCAUGUCUUGGUGCUGGCUUAUGUUUCUUGCCCUUGACCUGAAUCGUAGAAACAUCAACAGAGCUAUCACGGACAACAUGCUACCUGAGCUUGGCAUGAACACCAACGACUUCAAUUACGGCCAGACCAUCUUUCUGACAACGUUUCUGGCUGCUGAGCUCCCCUCCGGACUCAUAUCCAAGAAGCUCGGCCCCGACAUCUGGAUUCCCUUCAUCAUAACAGCAUGGAGUCUGAUCUCGGCGUCUCAAGCUGGGCUGAAGAAUCGCUCUGGCUACUUUGCGGUUCGUGCCUUACUAGGCCUCUUGAUGGGAGGGUUCAUCCCGGAUACUGUGCUCUAUAUCACCUAUCGGUAUAAAUCUAAGGAGUUGCCGAUCCGCCUUUCAUGGUUCUGGACCGUUCUGAGUGUAUGCCAGGUUGUUGGCUCGCUCGUUGCCGCAGGUGUGUUACAGAUGAGGGGCGUUGCUGGCUGGUCUGGCUGGCAGUGGUUGUUCCUGAUUGAGGGCACCUUUACGUUUCUCGUCGGCAUAGCAAGUUGGGUUUUGAUGCCAACCUCGAUCACGCAGACUGCCGGACGUGGACGAGGCAAGGGCUGGUUCUCAGAGCGCGAGGAGAAGAUCCUUGUCAAUCGUCUCCUCAGAGAUGACCCUUCGAAAGGUGAUAUGCACAAUCGUCAGGCUGUCGGGCCAAUUCGUCUCUGGAAGAGUCUGAAAGACUACGAUCUUUGGCCUGUCUACCUUCUCGGACUGACUACAUAUAUCCCUGCAAAUCCUCCUCAGAACUACCUCGCUCUGAUCCUCCGAACCAUGGGCUGGAGCACGCUGAAUGCCAAUCUCCUCACGAUCCCGUCGCAAUUCAUCUACGGUGUCAAUCUGCUCAUCAUUUCGUGGAUCUCUGAAAAAGUCAAUGAGCGAUCCAUUGUCUCCAGCAUGAGCAACAUCUGGAUCUUCCCUUUCCUCGUGGCUCUUGUCGGCCUCGGCGAGAACGCAAGCGGGUGGGUGCGAUAUGGCCUUCUCUCCGGCUUGUUGUCAUACCCCUACUGCCAUGCUAUCCUCGUUGCAUGGAAUAGCCGAAACUCGAACUCGGUACGCACCAGAGCAGUAUCGGCGGCGUUGUACAAUAUGUUUGUACAGGCUGGCAACAUUGUUGCGUCCAACAUCUACCGGGAGGAAGACCGACCAUACUAUAUUCGUGGGAACAAGAUCUUGCUGGGCAUCUGCUGUUAUAACAUUGCGCUGUUCUUCUUCGUCAAGUUUUACUAUAUUGGGAGGAACAAAAGGAGGGAGGCAGCAUGGGCGAAGCUGACUGGCGAGGAACAGGUGGAUUAUAUCCAGAACACGACCGACGAAGGAGCGAAGCGCUUGGACUUCCGCUUCAUGCAUUGA